AUGUCUUCCAAACGAGUUUGCCUCGCCUACUCCGGAGGUCUCGAUACCUCGACCAUCCUGAAGUGGCUCAUUCUCGAGGGCUACACCGUCGUCUGCUUCCUUGCCGAUGUCGGUCAGGAGGAGGACUUUGCCGCCGUCGAGAAGAAGGCUCUCGCUCUUGGUGCCGAGCGCAUGGUCAUCGACAACCUGCAGCAGGAAUUUGUUGAUGAGCUCAUCUUCCGCGCCAUCCAAUGCAACGCCAUCUACGAAGACCGAUACCUCCUCGGCACCUCCCUGGCUCGCCCCGUCAUUGCACGAGCCCAGGUCCGAGCUGCUCACAAGCACAAGUGUGACAUUCUCAGCCAUGGCUGCACGGGCAAGGGCAACGACCAAGUUCGUUUCGAGCUGGCGUGGAAGGCCUGCGAUCCAUCCCUGUCCGUCAUUGCCCCGUGGAGAAUGCCUAAAUUCUUCAACCGAUUCCAGGGCCGUGCAGAUCUCUUGAAGUUUGCGGCUGAAAACGACAUCCCAGUGUCGUCCUCUCCAAAGGCCCCGUGGUCCAUGGAUGACAACCUGGCGCAUUGUUCAUAUGAGUCUGGCAUACUUGAACAGCCACAGCUCCCUCCUCCGAAGGAGAUUUGGACCAGAACCGUCGAUCCCCUCGAAGCCCCUAAUGAGCCGACCAAAUUCUCAAUUUGGUUCAAGCAAGGAAUUCCCGUCAAGCUGGAAGUUGGCGGCGAGACCGUGACUGGUUCGCUAGAGCUCUUCAAGGCCCUCAACCAAGUGGCUGGGCGGAAUGGCGUGGGUAGAAUCGAUAUCGUUGAGAGUCGGUUUAUUGGGCUCAAGAGCCGCGGUUGCUACGAUUCUCCCGCUAUGAGCGUAUUGAGGCUUGCUCACAUAGAUUUGGAGGGGCUUGUCCUUGACUCGAAAGUGAAGUCGAUCUGCUCCUACAUCUCGAAUGAGUGGUCUCAAUGCCUGUACAAUGGCAUGUACUUCAGCCCGGAGAGAGAACUCCUAGAAAACAGCAUCGUCUUCAGCCAGCGCCAUGUGGAAGGGAAGGUCGACAUGAUGGUUUACAAGGGCGGGGCUUAUGUCCUUGGCCGAUCCAGCGAGACGAGCAACCUCUACUCGGAGACGCAGGCCUCUAUGGACACUCUGGAGGGAUUCAGCCCCGAGGACACCAGCGGAUUUAUUGCUAUUCAGGCGAUCCGGCUCGAGAAGUACGGUGCGGCCAAGAUUCAGCAGGGCGAACCUUUGACUUAG